AUGUUGAUUGUCAUGACCUAUAAUACAUGGCUAAAUCCUGUAAAAUUCCGUGAUCCUGCUGGCGAAACGGCCGACUCAUUUGCAACUGAUGCUUGCAUUAAGGACCCUUUCGAGAACCACAUAGGAAACAACGGGAAACCAGCCAUAUCAGUGAAUUAUCCUGCUGUCGCAUAA